UAUAUUAAUUUUUACACAACGAACUGUUAAAGACAACACUGAUAUUGUUAUGAACAACUGAAAAUUCCUAUAUAUUACAAAUAGAUCGAUGUUCUGCCUUAUAGCAUAUCCCAGCAGGUACUGCUAUUAAUGUGAACAUUAGCUGUUAUUCGAAAUGCGAAGAAAAUGCAUUCGUAGUUUCAUUUAAACAUCAGAAUACGAGAGAGCCGUUCAUGGUAAAGCAUUGUUUGCUCGAUUUUUUUACAUUGGUCUUCAAGAAAUUGUCCAGAAGUUGCAAGUAUAUUGUGUUUUGUGUGCAAGAUGUUCGAAUCGUCUUGCCAGUUCUUUGUCCAUUGCAUUGCUUUGGCGAGAUUUCCAAUUCGCCGUAAUUUUUAGUCAUGCUCGCGUGUUUCUCUGGUCGUUUGGUGAGUCAGCGUAACUUUUCGCCUUCUUGCUGAUUGGCACUGUUGCUUUUUACAAAUUACUUCGCUGGUUUAUUGUACUCAUAUCUGGUUUCAAAUCGGGAUGUAGGAAACCUCAAUGCUUCUCUGAGUCCAUGACGCUUUUGAUAUAGUAAGCGUGUGCGUGGUUUUUGCACUGCGAUCUCUCACUUUGCUUUUAAUAUUGUGUGGUUAUAUUCGCCGUAACCAGUUAGCGAUCACACACUUGCUCGAAACGAGCUGUUGUGUAGACAAUUCAGUCGAUGCGAUUACUUUAAAGCAGUUGGAGGUGCUCAAUCGUGUGAAACGGAAGAAACAUUUCAGCAAAUAAGGAGAAACGAAAAUCCAGCUUUUAAAGAAGCCACAUUAUUAUUAAUACUGUUAAUAAAUGUAUCUGCGAAUAUCGGCUUGUUUCAGUUAAAAUAACAAAUAAAGUUUAACUCGAAGGCAAGUUGCUGCAGCACAUGAAUCUAACAACUCAACCAAAAAUCAAACGUCGGCAACACAUACAGAUGGAAAAGUGCUACGAACCUCUGGAAAUACGAGUAUCAAGCGUUUUAAAUAAAAAUAAAAAUAAGCGAACAUCUCAAACAUUUAAAAGUACUCGAUCGGAGCUCAAACGCAACUAUCGAUGAUAUGAUUACAUGAAGUGAAAAUAUACGGUUCGAGCAGUGCGAAAAAUACAGGAAAAUACAAAUAAAUCUAUACUAAAUGACAAGCGCUCAGCAAAAGUAGUUUUCUUUUGAUAUCGUGUUGUAUGAUUUUUGCUUUUUGUGAAUAAUUAAAUGGUGCAGAAAAUACGUUAACUUUUAGAAUUAUUGAUUAGUGAUAAAUUGAAAUGUGAUAAAUCACACCACUAGCAAGGACACUUUGCCGUGGUGCACCCAUUUCAUAAGUGCAUACUAAGAAAUUAAGAAUAUCCAUUAAACGCUUGUGAUAAGUAGAUAUUGUCCAUCCAAAGCAACAACAUCGAAUAAAGGAUCAUGCCCGUAGGACAUCAAUUUACGUCUAGGCCGUAUAGUUCGUUUCGAGCCACUCGCGCCAGUUGCAGUUUGCAAACUUGCCAAGGCAACACCACCAGCAUUAGCAGCGUUAACGCUCAUAAUAGCAAUAGCAAUAGUAAUGGUAACGGUAAUGGUAACCAUGGCCAGCUAAUUAGCCACAAUAGUUCUACGUCGAUGUAUUCAAGCCAAGCUAAUAAUUUUAUUAGUAAUAAUAACAACAAUAACAAUAGCAAUGACAAUCACUUGGAAGCGAGUAACAAUAAUUAUCAGAAUAAUCAUUUGGGGCGCCAACAACCAUUUCGCAACAGUUUUUAUGGCACACGCUAUAACAACAACAUCAACAAUUGUAAUGACAGUUGCGCUGCCAGCAAUAACAAUAAUAACGUAACAGACAAACCUUUCUCUAGUGUCGUUACUACCAGCACUAUCAAACCGCUUACACCAAAGCUGGUGCGUCGCAUCGACGCGACUUGCUCCAAUGGCAGCAACCCACACACCAAAGGGCGCGCACCUCUUCCUCCAUUCGGCAAUAACGCCAAUACGAAAACCAACACGCCUACUUCGUUUUCUAAUAAACAGAUCAUGCGUACUCGCAAUCAGCCUCCACCGACUCCUCCCACGCGCAACUCCUCGAACUUCGAGAGGUUCCACAACAGCAAUAUGAGCUUUCGACAAAAGAACUCUAGUAAUUGCACAGGCGCAGCCACAAGUGCAACCACAGCUAAAUCUUCGGUGCAGUGUUGUACUGACAUACAUGAUCAAACAGCUGCGCAAUCCAAACAUCUAGGAGCCACAUUUUAUAAUAGCAGCACAAGGCCAUCGGGCGGGACAGAGUCAGGAUCAUCAUCGGGAUCUCAGAAGCGUGCUUACUGCACGGCGCCGAAGGUGCACAAGGAAAAUGUGCCAGCACGGUCUGUGAAAAACUAUCCAGCUCCGUUACCGCCGAACACACCAAAAGGGGUUACUAAGAAAAAAUAUAGAGAGGACCUGAAGAUGGCAUCUGUUUCGGCCUCACCUAAGUUGAAUAAUCGUCGCUUUGGAGGUGUGACGAAUGGUGAAAUGAACAAAGGUCUUUCCGCAAGUCAGCGUCGUAAGAAUUACGUUCCCUUCAAUGGAGAAUCGAAUAGUGUAGCUGCUGCAUCGAAAAAUGGCAGCACUGGUAGCAACGGGUCGACUGGAUCCGGCUCGAGCGGUUCCAAUGGUUCUCCCAAAACGAAAAAGAUGUUCUCAAACAAAUACCCCCAAGGACUACCCUUCGAGGAUGAGUUCUAUCGCCAUAAAUAUCGCCGUUCCUACUCCCAAUCAUCGAGUAACUACAGUUUUUACAGUUCAGUUGGUGCGCCUUCAACUCCGCAUACUUGUGAUUUCGACAAUAUCGAUCGUCACACUAAACACACUAACAAUGGCAACGCGCUUGACGAAGACGACGAAUUCCAACGCAAGCCUGCGAGUGAUGAACCAUUAUAUGUGGACUUUUCGAAAGUUAUGCCGCCCCAAAGCCAAUGCCACAACGACUACUCCCACCAUUCCUAUAACGCUAUUGUUAAUGCAGACUGCUAUAGUAAUUCCUCUUUGCCAGCGACAACGACAACAACAAUUUUACCGACAACUACGUGGAUUGGCAAAGUAGAAACUACACAUUCUCCGUUGCCGUCCUCAAGCCUCGCUGCUAAACUCGAGAGCGAAACUGGACGACUACAUAGCUAUGCCGCUGCUGCGGCGGCUGCAUCUUCGACUGCCGAUCAUGGUUCGCCACACUCACGACGUACAACGAAAUCGAAAAUUUCACAUUCAAUCAACGACUAUCUCUACACUAGUAGUGGUGCUGCAACUAAAACGACAAAAAAUGAAAAUGGAAAAUUAUUGCUCUCACACGAUCUCGAAGAUGAUUAUUAUACACAUACCUCACUUGAGCGCCCCGCUCAAACGGACACGUUUAUGGCGAUAUCGUCGUGGGCGCCAAAGUGUUCACACCCCACCAAGGUGCAUAUACCAACGACUCCUUCCAACAUUGCUGAUAAUAAUAAUAAUCCAACGUCGGUGUAUACAAUGUUUAACGGAUACGAUCAUCGGCAUUUUUAUGGUAAGCCAUCGACGAACGGAGACACUUUGGAGCCCACGACAAACGAAAGCAAGUAAGUUUGAAAUAUCCAAAUAAUGCAAAUUAUUAACGAUGCACAAUCUAACUCUUUGAUCGUUCAUCACGCCGUCGCAAGGAACGCUCGAAACGUUCGCACCGUAAGUCGCCCACAUCGGGUAGGCGUGUUCAUAAAUAUCGU